AAAUGCGGGAGAAGUGGGGGGGACUGGUGUCGCGCGAUAACCGUCGCCGAGGUGCAAACCAGCCGCGAAUUCGAAAGGCGGCCAGUUGCUGUUCGCGCGUCGUCUACGCCGCGUCGUGCGUAUAUCGUGUCGAGAUACACCGAGCUGGAUUUUCGGGUGCAAGGUCGAAUGAAACGUACAGAGGCCGGCGGAGGCUGGCCGUGAUGCUGGACGAUGUUGCACGGUAUCACGGGUGUAAUUGGAUGUUUCCGGCCGAACGAAGGAAAAUAACGACGGGGAUGACGUCGUAGUCGAACUGGAACCCGUCUCGCGACAGCUCGAAUGACGACCGACCGAGGCGGAAGCAUCGUGGAAAGUCGUCACGCGUGAGAGAAAGAGAGAGAGAGAGAAAGAGAGAAAAGUCAUGGGGAUCCUGACUGCAACAUGACCGACAGAAUUACGUAGUGGCGCGUGGCGUGUCAGACCCCGCCGGCACGGGACUCAGUGUGUUCUUCGCGUCGGGUAUUUUCGUGUGAUUUGUGUUCCCCAGCGUCGAGGGUGUAUCACGUUCAACAGGGCGAGGAGGUGGAGCGGUGAGCUUUUCCCGAGAGUGACGUGUGAUUGGAUUCCAAGCGGUAAAUCCAAGACGGAGACAUGUCGAGACGGCAUCCAGGUCGGCUCGACGUAGUAUCAGCUGAUAUCAACCGCCGGGCGUAAACGUGGCGAGGAAGAGGGGACGAUAGCCGAAGCAAGAGCAAUAAAGUCGGAACAAGUAGGAGGAAGAAGAGGGUGAGAGGCCGAGGCGCAAAAUGGGAGCAACGAGAUUGCUGUUGGGAAGCGCUGUCCUCGGACUCUUUUCGAGCGGAUUGUUGUUCAAGGGCGCCCUGACCAAUUCGAUGAACAGGUGCGACUACCCUCCGUGCUCCUGCGAUCCUCACGGCAGGCUGACCUGCGACUGUAAAGAGGAAGGAGAGGAGCUGGUGUUAACCACCGACGGCGACAAAAGAUUGAGCCCGCACACCAGCAGGAUAGCGGUGAGCAACUGCUCGUCCGUGAUACUGAUGAACUCGAGCCUGGCCUCGAUGGCGGGUCUGCGCGCGGUGGAUCUGAUCAACGUGGCGAACCUGAGCCUAGUCAGACAGAGCUUCGAGCUCUCGCCGCAGAACACACGGACGCGUAUAUCGGUGAGAAACUGCAGCAUCGACACGAUGCCGAGUUUCGUGUUCCGCGGUGACGUCGAGGCGAUCAUCUUCGAGAACGUGAGGAUCGGCCAGCUGAGCGCGUUCUCGUUCGCGAACCUGGUGCACACGGAGAAACUCAGGCUGGAGAACUGUCGGAUCGAGAACAUCGAGGCCCAGGCGUUCAAGAAGUUCGACGUCGGUCACUUGCGCGUGAUCGGCAGCAGCUUCGGUGACCAGGUGCCCAGCAGGACGAUGAACGACAUCGAGGUUUACCACACGUUCAUGCUGGACGGCGUGCGAAUGGGCACAGUGAGAAGUGAGGCCUUCAUCGUGAGGAGUCCGCGGACAGUGGCGAUACAGAACUGCGUGGUGGAGAGUUUGGAGAGCGAGGCGUUCGACGUGACGGCGAGGGGGCCGGUGAUCGUGAAGAACAACACGUUCGGCAGCCUCUCGAUUGGCGCUUUCCUCGGGAUACGAGCGGAUCCCGAGGCGAGGACAGCGCCUGCCUCACUGCCGACCAACCUACACGACCUUAUCUUUAAGAAUAACAGCGUGGUGAACUUCGAGGAGGGCUCGAUGAUGUUCGACCGCGGUAGCUUUCGUUUGGAGCUCGACAGCCUGCUGGUCGACCAGCCGUGCGACUGUCAGAUGUUGCCCGUAUGGAAGAACAACAUUCUCAAUUACACCAACGUUUACUCGAGGUUUUACACCAAACAGAACGCCGGGCUGCCGCCCACGUUGCCGCCGCAGGACAACACGAUCAACGAAACGCCGGAGACGUUCCUCUGCUCCGAGGGCGAGGUGAGCGGCGUGCCAACGAGCUUCGUCGAGUACGAGACGCGGCAUUGCUCGCUCGGUGGAUCGAUACUGGUCUUCGUCGUGAUCAUCGCGGGUUUGCUCGCGUCUUUGAUACUGCUCAUCUGCCUGAUCGUCUGGUGCUGCAGGAGGCGUCGCCGAAACAGCAGGAAGAAAUGGAUCAGCGUGCCGAUGAACGCGCCUGACGUCGUGUCGAAGAAGAACGGGGUGAUCGGCAGAGAGGCCGCGUCGUCGGCCGCGCCGGUCGACAGCCGGAUAACGAUGGUCGUGCCCGACGGCAGGCUCUACAGGGAGACCGAGUUCCACGUGAUCGUGGAGAAGGCCGAACCGUUGACAACCGAGUUGUAACGAGAACCUUCGUACGGCUCGACGACGAGGGCCGUGGUAGCUCGAGUCGAGGAAGAACUCGAGUGGUCCGAGACCUCGAGCCGUUUCCGCGUGUACAAGCUGUGAAAGAGGGGAACAAAGGACGAAAGCCGCGCACGAGAGACGUAGAAUUUUGAACCGGUGAACUCGACACUUUGACCAUGUGUGACGAACACGUACGCCGGUGUUAACUUGUGUGUAUUAACGCGCGUGCAUAGUGAACGUGAUUGUCGAUCACGUUCCAGGACCAGAGAGCGGAAUAAAAAAAGAAAAAGCACUUCCAACCGAAAAACUCUUCGAACACCGUGACUGUGUGUGUACGCUUCGAAGUACUCUGCAAAGGAACGUUCCGCCGAGAAAUUUUUCACGUACCAUUUUAUCGAUUAAGCGGCCGUUGCGUGUUGGAAACUUGGAAAAAUAGAGAAAAAUAGGAGACUCGAACUGAAAUCUCCCUUGUUUUCAAUUUAAUCGACUAUUCCUUCUAGUACAAGGCAGUUCGUAAGCUUCCGUAAUUUACAUAUCACGAACGAGCGGCGAUUAUCCAACGCGUUUUCAACCCGGGCUUCUGACUCUACUUUUUUUUCUUUUUUUCUUCUUUUUUCUUUUUCUCUCCCGUCGUUUUCCGUUCUCGUCCGCCUUUGAAGGCAGUCACGUUCCUUCUUCGACGAUAAUUAAGAGUUUCUCCUCUGUUCCGCGAUCGAGGGGUCGCGUGCAUGGAUAAUCGGCGCGUCGUUGUUAGUUAAGUUCAUCGCGUUGAGUAGAACGAGAGCCAAAAGAGAGUGUCGUUUCACGCAGAUUAGAACCGAGAGUUUCGAUACACGCGCGAGCAAAAGGCAGAAAGAGAGAGAGAGAGUGAGAGUGAGAGAGAGAGAACGAGCGAGACGUCAGAAACUGUGAGACGAGAGAAGAAGAGCACAGGAGAGGGAGUGAUCGAAUGCAACAACAGGAAAAGAUCCUAAACUCGUUUACUCGUGUAAGACACGCGAUUGGAUCGACCUUUCGUACUUCGUCGCGUUUAAGUUUAUCAAUCGAUAAGAGCAUUACGUAGCUUUACGCCGACGAAACGUCGAGAGAAGAUCGUGCUGCCUUCACUCGGAAGAACAGUACCAUUCUUGCACAGAUGUCAGUUUCGUGCGACCCUCGAACCGGAGGAAGGAAGAAACAGAAAGGUAGCUGAAAUAUCCGUCAGUUCUCGCAAGCGAGAAUCGAAAUUGUCUCGCUCUUCCAAACCGAAGAUCGUUGUAUCUAAUCUACUUCGAUUCCAAUUGCGUUUCUAAUCGCAAUUAUGCUUGUAACACAAUAAAAGAUAUUACCUGACACCCCUUGACAAUACGAGAUGAUGAAUCGACAUAUGCAAUUAUAUCUGAAAUUACUAUAGUAAGCGCGGAGAGAAAUGAGGCGAUGAUGAUCUUACGGUCAAACGUUCGUAGAGACUUGACGAAAUGUUGCGCUAAGAGUUAACCGAGAAACUUUUCUCAUGUUCCGUUUCGAAACAUUUCGUGUCAACGGAAAGACUCGAAGAGAACUUCUCGCAACAGAAAGUGUUCAAAAACCCUCAACCUUCCACCGUCCCCUCCUCCCGUCAAUCCCGAUCCGUGCGACCCGAGUCGUUAAUUUAUUGUAUUAUUUCACUGCGACAUGCUUUAUUUAUGAGCUUUUGGACUUGAGCCCAAUAAAUUGUUGUUGUUGUUGUUAUCACUGCGAUCGGUAUCUAAUUUUGAUAAAUGCGCAGCGAGGGAUGCUCUCGGCGAUGGGUAAUCGAUCCGCCACGAGGGAAACACGGCGAGGGAGUUGGCGCGUUUACGAAUUCGCCUGCUAAUCUUGCAAACCGAGCGGGGACCGAGCCCCUGACUAAUGCGGGCGCACACGUUCUACGUAAAACCGCAGCCGUCUGCCGCGCUCAAGUAUCGCUACGCUAUGCGCUUUCCGUGUGCUGCCGCUUCCAUCCAAUGUGAUUAAUAGACCCGAUAUAAUUCGCCCUCCUCUCUGUUUCAUCAAGGUAAGCAUCAGGUGGCAUUUAACUCGUCGAACGAACCGACGCGACGGUGAAAGGAGACCUUCGGAAUUCAAGAAACGAGGAAAUAUCGCCGACGUGUGGAUACCUACUACCGAUCACCGGUGAACGGAACGACGACUCGUUCGUUCGACGUUAGAACCGACCGAAACACGUUUCACGUUUCGAGGCACAAUACCGAGGAAAGCGAAGCUUUUGAACGUCACCAUACGGAGCUAUCUCGCGCACGUGUUAGCCAUGCAUUAUUGAUACACCGCCGCCGUAUAUGUAACGACCCUCGCGGGGCGUUUGUUUCCUCUUAUCUCGUCGAACAUCGAAACAGAAAUUCGCCCCUUUCCUCCUCGAGUUUCUUCAGAUUAUUCAGCGACCUUACGCCCGUCGUUACCUUGAGCAUCAUCUCGUCGAACACAAGGCCCAAUUAGAAUCCGAACGCGAAAAGUGGCACGAGUCGAACGAAGGCUAGACUCUUAUCCUACCAAUUCCCCCAUACGUACAGAUCCACCAGCUAUCACGCGCACGUGCGAGUAUGUACAUGGACAAUUAUCGUGCUUCGACGACAAAUUAAGGUUUUUCUUUUCUAAGGACGUUUUAGUUGUAAUUAUCGUGAGACUGUGAUAUAACGACAGCCGAUUGUAUAAUUUGUUUUACAUUGAAAAGGGACGUCGUACGCCAUUGACAACAAGGAGAUAAUAAAGAUGAAGUUGAUGCAUA